AUGGCUGGUCGAGAAAUUGUAACUCUUCAAAUAGGGCACUAUUCCAACUUUGUAGGCUCACAUUGGUGGAAUAUCCAGGAAGGCAGUUUUAAUUAUGAUAUUAAUCAUGUUAAAGAUGGAGUGUCACUUAAUCAUGAUGUACUAUUUAGAGAAGGACAGACUACAAAGGGUGCAGUUACAUUUACUCCUAGACUGGUAUGUAUAGAUUUAAAGGGGAGUUUGAAUACACUCAGUAAAGAUGGGGGCCUGUAUGGUGAUGACAAUGAAGAAGAGGUCAAAUGGUGUGAAGAUGUAACAUUACAUGAAGCAGGAACUGGAUAUAAAAAUGAAUAUUUAACAGAUCUCGAACAAGAAGAAUCUGUUCUGAUUUCAGAUAAAGAAGAAAACAAUGUUUGCAGUGGGCAGAAAUAUUAUAAUUUGGAUAAAGAUGUCACAGUUUGGUCUGAUUAUUUAAAAACGUACCUCCAUCCUAAAACUCUUCACAUUAUUAAUGACUAUAUGCUUGGAGACACUGAACGUCCAUUUAAUGUAUUUGGUAUGGGUGAAGAAAUCUUUUCCAAACCAGAAACAUUUGAAGAUGUAGAAGACAGAAUUAGAUUCUUUGUAGAAGAUUGUGACUUAUUACAGGGUUUCCAUUGUUUAGUAGAUACCUAUGAUGGUUUUGGCGGUGUUGCUAGUACCUAUUUACAGUACCUACAAGAUGAGUUCUCUAGUAAAAGUAAACUAACUUUUGGAAUGACACCCCAUAUCUUGCCUGAUUCAACUGCUGUAGAAAGAUCUAAUAGAAUUAUAAACAGUGCUAUAUGUUAUGAGAAAUUAUGUGAAAGUUCUGGUUUAUUUAUACCUAUAUCGUUAGCUACAUCAUUGUGGAGAAAACUUGGUUCAUCACAGACUUUUCCUCAUUUACAAUAUAAUGUAAAAUUAAACUACCAUACCAGUGCUAUAAUAGCUAGUACAUUAGAUACUAUGACUAUACCAUAUAGACGAGAUGAUAAUUUUAGUCAUUUGACUGAUAUUACUUCUUCAUUUAGUAUGUUGGGUAGAAAGGUUGCAGCAAUAAAUACUAGUUUACCGUUUGUACUAAAGGAAGACAACAGUAGCUUAAUAGAUAGUUUGAUGUCGUAUGGUAAUGACCCACCAUGGCAAUCUUUAGUACCACAUGUUACUAAUAGUACGGUACCAGAUCUACAGUCAUGUGUUUUACGUGGUAUCUCCUCUCACACUGUUAAAAGUAAUAAUGUUUCAUCGUUGUCACGUGGUAUAUUAGCUAGCUGUUCCAAUACACAAGAUGUUUUACAACAAUAUCUGACUGAUGUCUUUCCUAAUACCAAAAAUGCUGGUUGUGUUUUCAAUGAAGCGUUACCAGUGAAAGCACCAUUUCCAAAUAUAUUUUCACCUUCUAUAAAUAGUAAAGGAUUUUUAUCAACCAGACAAAGACUGCCAUUACAAGGAGUUGAAAGUGUACCAAUGAUGACAUCACUACAGAGCAGUAAAGAAAUUUAUAAUUUAAUACACUCAUUGUAUACAGAGACAACACGAUUUGAUAUUCGUAAACAUCAUAGGUUUUUACAGAGCGGGCUUGAUGAGGACAUGUACAGAGAUGUAUUGGACAAUUUACAGACAUUAUCUACUGCAUAUAUAGAUUAA